AUGUGUGUGUACAUUGUCUUACUGGAUUUAUGGACAAUAAAAUUGGAGUUUACGCCGCCAACUCACAUAGAUGUCGUGAAAGGAGACACAGGAGCGAAAGGAUCUUCGGGAGCAAGAGGAUUCAAAGGAUCAAGAAGAAGAAUGGGUUUUGGAGGAUUUUCAAGAAACUCUAAAAGCACAAUAAUUCCUCAGACAUUAAUAAACAUCCAAUUGAAGUCUGAUAGCCCCAAAAAAUGCAUCAUCGUUCUCACUUCACUAUUACCGCAACUUGCUUACUCUCAAAGUUUAUUCAGUGUUCAUGAUGACGCUGACUUCUACGACUACAAAAAUGGAGACGUCAGCAUCUCAGAUUGCGAUAUGCAGAUUUAUGAAGAACUGAAUGAUUAUGUGGAUUUGAGAAGUUCUGAGAAAGUUGAGUUGAAGUCAAUUUUGGACUUGGUUGAGAAUGAUCUGAUGAUGCUGGAUGAGAAGAUAAAUGAAUUGGCAUAUUUUCUCAAUCACAAUGUUACCUCCAACAAAACACACAAAAACAACAAAACAUUUUCAGAUUACGUACGAGGGGACAUUGGGCCCACGGGAAGUACCGGAGCUACAGGCUACUUUGGAUUUACGGGUGCGACUGGUGUAAUGGGAGCUACAGGCUACUUUGGAUUUACGGGUGCGACUGGUGUAAUGGGAGCUACAGGGGCAACCGGAUCAACGGGGCAAACAGGUUUUUCCGGACCGACAGGACAAACAGGUUUUCCCGGACCGACAGGGCGAACAGGGUUCAAAGGGUCAACCGGGUCCACAGGGUUCACAGGUCUACCCGGACCGAGAGGGCAAACAGGUCCACCCGGACAAAUUGGUCCUCCAUGA